GAAAAAGCGCGACGCGCAGCGCACCCCGAAACUCAAAACCAGGCACCGCUCCAUCGCCAUCAGCUCAACGCGAUCGCCAAGCCGUGUACGAUAUCGCAUCUCAGCGAGAAAUACGCGAACCGCAGCAGCAAGAUGAACGCACCUUUUGCGCCGCCGGGCGCUGGCUGGUCAGAGCAUCGCACCUCCGAUGGCCGUGUCUACUACUACAAUGCUUUGACCAAGGUCACACAGUGGACCAAGCCCGAGGAGCUUAUGAGCCCGGCAGAGCGCGCUCUCGCGAACCAGCCAUGGAAGGAGUACACGGCCGAGGGCGGCCGCAAGUACUGGUACAACACUGAGACCAAGCAGAGCUCGUGGGAGAUGCCAGAUAUUUACAAGCGAGCCCUGGCUGGUGGUGAGGCCACUCCGACAACUCCAGCAACUCCUGCCACGCCGCACACAGGCCAGGGCGCCGGCCAUCAUGGCGGAUUUGGAGGUGCCGACCAUUACCGCGAUCAUCGUGAGCCCAUUGGUGAAUCGCGCCAGCUGACCUUCGGCAAUAACGUUCAGGCCCAGGCCUUCGUCCCGGCAACCAACGACCCUGAGUAUGCCACUGCCGAGGAAGCCGAGGCUGCCUUCGUCAAACUCCUCCGCCGCAGCGGCGUCCAGCCCGAUUGGACAUGGGAAGAGACCAUUCGAGCCACCGUCCGAGAUCCGCAGUUCCGCGCGAUCAAGGACCCCAGAGAUAGGAAGGCUGCUUUUGAGAAGUACUGCCAUGAUGUCGUCGUCCAAGACAAGGAGCGUGCAAAGGAGAGGCUGACCAAGUUGCGUGCCGAUUUCGCCACCAUGCUGCGGAGCCAUCCCGAGAUCAAGCACUACACUCGCUGGAAGACUGCGCGCCCCAUGAUCGAAGGCGAGACGAUUUUCCGCUCCACCAACGACGAGAACGAGCGGCGCCAGCUUUUCGAGGACUACAUUAUCGAUCUCAAGAAGGCGCACAAGGAGCACCAGGUCGCCAUGCGCAAGAGUGCCAUGGACGGCCUGAUCGAGCUCCUGCCCACCUUGGAUCUGGAGCCUUACACGCGCUGGUCAGAGGCGCAAGGUACUAUUCAGAGCACUGCUCCGUUUCAGAAUGACGAGAAGUACAAAUCCCUCACCAAGUACGACGUCUUGACCGUCUUCCAGAACCAUGUCAAGGCGCUGGAGCGCAAGUUCAACGAUGACAUACAGGAGCACAAGAACAAGAAGUUUCGCCGUGAGCGCAAGGCUCGGGACAACUUCAUUGCUCUGCUUUCUGACUUGAGAAGAGACGGAAAGAUCAAAGCUGGCACCAAGUGGAGCGAAAUCCACCCUCUUAUUGAGGCCGAUGAGCGCUACCUGGCCAUGGCCGGCCAACCGGGCUCAACAGCCAUGGAGUUGUUUUGGGACGUGGUGGAAGAGGAAGAGCGCGCUUUGCGGAGCAUCAGGAAUGAUGUUCUCGAUGUCAUCGAUGACCAACGUUUCGAGGUCACCCCGAAGACCACGUUUCAGGAGUUUGAGUCAAUCCUCAAAGGUGACCGUCGCACAGCUAACAUUGAACGCGAUGUGUUGGAGCUUAUCUUUGAGCGGAUCCAAAAGCGAGCGAGCAAGCGCUUAGGAGAGGAUAGAGAGCCGGACCGCCAGCAGCGUCGCGCUCUAGAGGACCUCCGUUCUCACAUGAAACGGAUGGAACCGCCUAUUGGCAUCAAUGACACGUAUGAACAGGUCCGGAGCCGACUGGCUCACGUACCCGCGUUCCAGGCUGUAAGCUCCGACGAUGCCCGACGGGGCGCCUUCGAGAAGCACAUCCGACGCCUCAGGGAGAAGGAGGACGAGGCAGAGAGAGAGCGCCAGCGCCGCCGUGACCGCCCUGAUGCCUAUCGUGACAGAGGUGAGCGAUCUCAUCGCAGCAGUGCGCGUUCUGUGAGGAGCCGCAGCCCAGAGCACAACAUGUAUGAGGCUGAGCGUCGCAAUGCCGUCGCCGAACGGGAGCGUAACUACCGCAAGGCCAGUGCCGCCGACGUUCUGCUAUCGGAUCGCCGGUCUCCCUCUAUCCGUGACCGCGAACGGGACCGUGAGCGGGACCGGGAUCGUGACCUAGAGCGUGACCGAGAGCGCGAGCGGCGUGACUACCGCGAUCGCGAGAAUCGUGACCGGGAUCGUGACCGGGAUCGUGACCGUGACCGUGACCGUGACCGAGACCGAGACCGGGAUCGGGACAGGGAACGCGAUAGAGAGCGAGACCGCGACCGCGAGAGAGACCGCGAGGGUCGAGACCGGGAGCGUGACAAUCGAGAUCGCGACCAUCGCGACCACCGGGACUACGACCGCCGUCCGUCGCGGCCCGUCGACGACACCAACCACUAUGACCGCGAGCGCCGCACCCGCGAGGAAGACCGCGAGCGCAUCUACCGCCGCCGCAUCCUGGAGCGUGACGUUGAGGAGCUGCCCUACGGCGACGAGCGCCCGCCCAGCUCGUCGUACUCUUCUCGCAACACCCGCCCCCGCCCGUCCGAGGAAGACGACCUCGACAGCCGGCGCGACAACAAGCAGCAGCACGCUGCCAAACGAGUCAAGCGCGACGCCGGCGACCCUCCCAACCGUGGCCAGCGGACCCCGCUGCACAAGGAAAAGGAGCAGCUUCCUACGCCUAGCGUCAGGGCGGGCAGCGAGGAGGGCGAGAUCGAGGAGGAUUAGACAAACAUUCCCUUCCUGCGGCUCAUCAGUCGCCGUGGCCGGGUUCAGCAAACCCCGUAAUCGCCAUAGGUGUAGGACGUCGCACAGCUGUUUCGCAAAGAGGAAAAGAGGAGCUCAAACGGGGUGUGUUGUGUUCUGGUUGGUUUCAAGAGUCGGGGAUGUAUGUGAACGUGAAAUCUGGGUAGCAAAAGGAAAGAGCAGUGUUUUCUGGUGGUGCCGAAGACAAAACCACUACAGUACGUUACUCACGCACACGCUUCUCCAACCUAACCUGGUCAAGUCAUCGUCAAAUCAGUAGUACUGGUGUAGUUUAGUAGCUUGUAAUAGUCUGCCCAGCCCGGCAGCUCUUUCACCAUGACUGCUGUAAAUACCUGUGUAGGAAGACAAAAUCCUGG